CUUGAAGCUCCAUUAGUAUCCAACAAAGCUCUUUCACCCACCUUCACAACAACAAUCAUCAUCAUCUCCAGUGUUCCUCACUUUUUCCGCAAUCUUUCUUACCACCGACGAGAAUUAGAGAAAAGGAAAAAAAAGGGAAGAAAAUUCAUUGAAGUUUCACUUUUGAAUUUCCUGGGAUUUGAAAAAGAAAACAAUUAAUGAGUCUCCAUAUUAAUUAAAUUGAACCAUUUCUUGAGUCUCUCUUUCGUCGAUUAUAUGUUAUCACAUCUCUCUCUCUCUUCUCUCUAGAGCCCCGAUCGAAAAAAGGUCUUUGCCUCUUCUCUCUUUCCAUCUCAGUUCUCGAUCGAAGGUAAAGUGGAGAUAUGAAGCAGAUUGUUUACCAUAUGAUUGGUUUUUAAGGUGAAAAGAAAAUUUUAUACAUAGAAAGAAAGAAACCAGAGUAGAAGAGGGGAAGAUGGGUUGUGUUUCUUCUUGCUUUCGGGUCGAAGACAUUGAUGAGUACAUGAAUCCAAGUAGCUCUGUAUAUAGGAACUGUCCCUGCAUUAGAUGCCUUGCUCAUAAUUUCCUUAACCUGUAUGUUUCGGUGUUCAGAAGAGGGGAAACCCGCUCUCUCCCAUCUUCUGUUCAAGCUACUGCAUCAAUAACUUCCUCUUCUUCGCAUGAUAACUUUCUUUCUGAAGCAUUUCGUUCUACUCCUAGGCCUCUGCCUUAUGAUGCUGAUCCUAGAUACUUGCGCUCACUCGUCUCAAGACGGGACAAGGGUUCAAGUCAUUCACAUGAGGAAGCUGAACCUCUAAGAAGUGAUAACGAUGCAGAUUCUGAAUCUUUCGGCCUGGGAGGAUGCAAAUGGGCAAAUAAUAAAUCCAUUAUCUCUGAUAAAGCUUCCAAAGAUGACUACUCCAGUAAAUCCAGUCUUAGGAUUUUGAAAUCAAGGUCGACCUCUGAAAACAUGUAUAGAUUGUCUGAAGAUGAAGACGUCUGUCCAACUUGUCUUGAAGAAUACACAUCAGAGAACCCAAAGAUUAUAACAAAAUGUUCCCAUCAUUUCCACCUUGGUUGCAUUUAUGAAUGGAUGGAGAGAAGUGAAAACUGUCCUGUCUGCGGAAAGGUGAUGGAAUUCAACGAAACACCGUGAUCAUCAAUCAUCGAUCAUUGAUCUGUGUCCUGUAUCUGAACUGAAACCGGGGAAGAUGACAAGGCAAAGCAGAGGGGAUGUUUUGUAAAUUUGACUUGUUGGUUUGUGAAUGUUGUCUGUCAUUUACAAUGGUAAAUAGAUGAAGCAGAAAGGAAGAAAAUGUUCCUCUGCAACAGUUUAAUCUUAUGAGAAAAUAUAAACUCCAUGAAACAAGAAAAGAAAUGCAAAACAAGAAGCAAUAUUUCGUC